GUUCAUGUUAAGGAUCAAAACAUUACGUUCAGUUCUUAAUGUUCCCGCCAGAUGGCACUUCAGGUUUUGUAAACAAAAACAUUCAACUUAGUUCAAUAAUAAAAUAAAUUUAAGAAUAUUUCAAUUAAAAAAUGAACGGCUCAAUUUGUCGAUUGUGCGGUGACACAAAAGACUCUCAAAGCUUGUCAGCAGACAUCACAGACACAUCAAUUAAAUCACAAUUAGAGACUUUGAAGAUCAAUCUUGAUGAUGACAAGUUCCUUCCAAAUUCAGUUUGUUUUAGUUGUGUUGACACUUUGGAAGUUUGCUCGAAAUUCGCUCAGAAAGUAGCAGAAGUUCAGGAAAGACUUAAGAAUGACUUGUUGCAGCAACUCAAUUCAGUCACUUACGAUGACUUUGAGCAUUUCGAGUUGAAAAUUGAGCGACUUGAUGAAAAUUUCCCAAAAAAAUCCACAACAAUCGAGCGGAACCGCGGCAUCAAGAUGCGUAGGGAAGUGCUCAAGUACACAAUGUCUGACUUAUUCAAGGAUGAACUUAGUCAAGGCAAAUUCUCAUCAGAAAUCGAUCAAAUGCCAGUCCAAGACUCAACAGAUGUCCUCAAAAAUAUUGGAUGGUUCAAUUACGAAUGGAAAUGCCAAGGCUGUAAUGGGAUCUUUUCAAAUGUUAUGGACCUCGAAAAGCACUCAAUGAAGUGCAUUAAGAAGCGCUGCAUCAAUUCCUGUCAAUCGUGCCUUAAAGAAUUCCCGUCAUACUCAACAUUCCUCAAUCACAUUGUCGACCGGCAUCAAAGCUUACUAAAGUUUUCCUGCAUUAUUUGCUCGGAAUUCCAUUGGAACUUUAUUGAUCUUUUCCAGCACAUCACAACCAGCCAUUCUGAAUACUCAACCUUCUUUUGCCUUUAUUGUGGGAAAUUCUUCUUCACUGGAGCACUUUUACGUGAUCAUUUGAUGAUCCACAGACCAGAACUUGAACUUCCUGAAUACUUUUGUGAUAUUUGUGGAACUAAGACUUACAAGAAGCAGAUCCUGCUCAGCCACAUGAGUCGAUUUCAUUUAGAGAGGAGAUUUACAUGCGAGUGCUGUGCCUUUUCAUUCAAAUACCGAGCAGAGCUUAUUCAACAUCAACAGUCACAGCACAGCGACGAGUGCAAUGAGGAAUGUAAAUUUUGUGGCAAAAAAUUCAAGAAUAAAAGGAAGCUGAGAAGACAUGUGAGGAACAUGCAUGAAGAAACUGGAAUUGUGCUCAAUUGUGAGCAUUGUGGGAAGGCGUCGAAGAACAUGAAGGCACACAAGACUCAUAUGAAGAUACACAGCGACAAAAGCUGCUUCCAGUGCACUUACUGCUCUAGAACCUUCAAACAUUCAUCUGGAUUUAAGUAUCAUUUGAGGAUUCAUACAGGUGAGAAGCCCUACGUGUGUCCAAAAUGUGAUCAAAAAUUCAUCGACUGGCCGAACUGUAAGAAGCACAUCAGAUCGAGUCAUGGACUGACGGAUGUCAAACCAAUUCAAAUUCAAAUGGGAAAAUAG